UGAGGCCCAAUACGGAGUCGCUCCCUCUGGCGUCAGCCUGAAUCAGCGCGUGCACCCAACUCGGCCCCCCCAGCAGUAGGCGAGGGGCGACUCCUCGAGGUAAAACCGAAGAGGUGCAGAAGGCGGACUCUGCUCCGGCCCAGUCGUCCUGGCGAAGCGGAGACUCGCGGUCACCGGGUGCACGUGCCAUGGCGGAGGAGCAGGAGUGCGGUACCGCGGCAUCAGGCUCUGCCUGUCAGGCGGCAGCAACUGUGGAACCUGCGGUGUCGUCAGCGGAGGCCGCCGAGGUGAUCGCACGAUCGCCGAAGCCGGAGGACUGCAAUAGCAAGUGCGUGUUCUGCCGGAUCGCGGGGCGGCAGGAACCGGGCGCGGAACUCCUCUACUGUGAGAAUGAAGACCUAGUGUGCUUCAAAGAUAUCAAGCCAGCAGUGCCUCACCAUUAUCUUGUGGUACCAAAGAAACAUAUUGGAAACUGCAAAGAUCUAAGAAAAGAGCACAUAGAACUGGUUGAGAACAUGGUAGCUGUUGGAAAAACCAUUCUUGAAAGGAAUAAUUUCACUGACUUCAAAAAUGUAAGAAUGGGUUUCCAUAUGCCACCGUUCUGUUCCAUUUCCCACUUACACCUUCAUGUUCUGGCACCAGUCGAUGAGCUUGGCUUCUUAUCAAAGUUAGUUUAUAGAGUGAAUUCCUAUUGGUUUAUCACAGCUGAUUGUUUGAUUGAAAAACUAAGAACAUGAAAAUGUCAACAGUGGAAGAUUUUCCUACUCUUGGCUCAACAUAAACCAAUAUUUUGGUCCCUCUGAAGUCCAAUUACAAUUGUAAGGUUUGCUGAGUUUUAUGAGAGGCUAUUACUGUCAGCCUUAAAUCUUUUCUGAAUGUCUGUUUCCUGAGAUCUGUAAUAUGGUUACAUAAUACUUUGACUUCUUUGUUUUGUUACUUGUCUAGAGCACAAGAUACUAUAGGUAAAAUCCCAAUAAAACAAAUUCUGUUAAUCAAGAAAGGCUUUGCAUUUUUUUGAAAAGUUCAAAUAGUUUCAUUUCUCAAUAGUCAAUUAUAAUAGUGAUUUACUUAUGAAUACACUGGCAUAGAAAGUACUUUGUUGGAGCUUUUUUACUAUGAAGGAGAAAAAGAAAUGAAUUAUUUUUUGACAGUUCUAUAAUUUUACACAUAAAAUUUCAA